CUAAUACUACACAAAACAUAUCAUCGCGCACAUACGCAUAUAAUUCCACACACAUUACUCCCACAGCAUCUGUCCACCCAGCACAAGAUACCGAUUCAUACUUCUCACACUACAUGUACACCUCACGAAAAUGAACACCUGUACUACACUAAUGAUACAUAUACUGAGUAGCAAGGUACUUCGCGCCCAUGGACAACGCAGGAGCACACGCAGCAUCAGUUCCAUCAGGAGCGUCUAUCUUACGAGCAGUACGAAGAGCGGCUACCUUAUGGCCAACAUGUACGAAUAAUACAGAAGGCGGACAAUCGGGAGAACAACGAUCGUUGGAAGCGCAUGGAAAAGAGACUUACGAAGAUGGCCUCAGUGGCCUCAACGUUCCGAGUUCCAAAUACAGAUGCAAGACGCUCUUCGGACAGCGAAGGAACGACACCGCCACAGAGGACGUAAUCAACGUAGAACGGCAGCUGGUCCAAGGAUACAGCGCGACUUAUGAAGCGACGAGCGUGCAGACGAGGAAGAGGAGCAGGACUAGCAAGACCCGACAUAAAAUAUAUAGCACUGUUGAAUAAACACGCAAUAUUUACAAGAUAUUGUGAAAAUAUAGAUGUUGAAUAUUUCGUAAAUAUUCUAAUGUCCGACAUUUUCAGGCAUGAAAAGGGUAUGAUAAAUAUCUAAACAUGUUUGUCAUACGUAUGUUUAUAAAAAGAAUUUCGAUUUAUAAAAGAUGUAUGAACAAUAUAAAUAUUUUUAGAUAUUUAUCAUAUUUUUUCUAUAGUUGAAAAUCUCAGACAUUAGAAUAUUUAUAAUAUAUCCAACAUCUAUGUUUUUAAAAUAUCUUGUAAAUAUUGUGUGGUAUCUGAACAGUGAGGAGUGAUACAUCUGUUGGAAAUAUUUAGCUGAAUUUCUCCCUCACAUAUGACGCAAUUUCAAUAUUAUUUCGUUAAUGGCUGCGUUCAGCAGAACAAAGUGAUCAGUGAGCGCUUAGUGAUUAUUUUGUCUGCGACUGGAGCAUUAUUUUAUAUUUUUCAUAGGCCCAGAAGUAUUUGCCAAUCAGGAGCGAGAAUCACUAACCGUUCACUGAUCAUUUUGUUCUUCUGAACGCAGCCAAUGUAUACAGUUUUCUGUAAUAUUCAAUACAUUUCACGGUAUGUUGUUUAAUAUGUAUAUAUUGAAUAUCACUGAAAAAUGCCUACAUUCAUGAAAGAAUACAGAAAUAGGGUCAUGUAAGAGAGAAAUGUAGCAAAGCAUUUACAGCAGGGAUCAUUCCUCACUGAUUACUGGUAGUAAAGUUAUAUGUUCUUCAAUUUUU